AUGGAUACAUAUGUUGGGAAGAUGAGCAAAACAUGCCUCGAGAUGGCAAUCCAUGAUUUCUACACUGCACACGAGAAUUACACUACAAGACUAGUCCUUCACACGAGAAACUCAUCAGGCGAUGCAGUUGUGGCUACAUCUGCAGCAAUAGAAUUGUUAAAUAAUUAUCAAGUCAAGGCCAUUCUGGGGCCUCAACAAUCGAGACAAGCAGAUUUUAUAGCUGACAUUGGGAACACAACUCAGGUCCCUAUAAUUUCCUUCACUGCGACAAGCCCUUUGCUUUCGCACCUUGAAACUCCCUACUUCAUCCGAAUGGCUCAAGUGGACACCUCUCAGCUAAAAGCUAUAGCUGCCAUUGUCAACGCCGUCAAGUGGAGUGAAGUUGUACCUAUUUAUGAACGCUCUCAUUACGGAAGUGGAAUCAUCUCUUAUAUUGCUGAUGCCAUGCAAGGAAUCGGCACAAGGAUACCGUACCGGUGUGGAAUCUCUCCUUCAGCUACAGAUGAUCAGAUCCUGAAAGGGCUCUACAAUUUAAUGACUAUGCAAACACGUGUUUUCAUUGUUCAUAUGUUGCCAAAUCUUGCAUACCGACUUUUUCUCAAGGCAAAGGAAGCAGGAAUGAUGAGCAAAGGAUAUGCCUGGAUAGUCACGGAUGGGAUUGCAAGCCUUCUCAGCUCCAUGGACCCUGAUGUCAUCAAUUCUAUGCAAGGAGUUAUAGGUGUGAAGACUUACCUUCCUCCAACCAAAGAGCUACACCAAUUCACGAAGAGAUGGGAACAGCAGUUUCAUAAGAAAUAUCCAGGAAUAAACCAUGUUCAGCUAAAUGCCUUUGGCCUAGGUGCCUAUGAUAGCAUUUUUGCUUUGGCAAUGGCAGUAGAAAAGGCUGAUAUAGCGAACUCACAAUUUAGUAAACCAGCCAUCCAGGAUAAGAUGACUGACCUGGAAACCAUUGGUGUCUUAGAGUCGGGACAAAAGUUGCUCCAGUCAGUUUUGAAGACCAAAUUCACUGGAUUGAGUGGUGGAGUUGAAUUCAUAAAUGGACAAUUACCGAUAUCUGCCUUUCAAGUUGUGAACUUGGUUGGAAACGAUGCAAUAUCAAUUGGACAUUGGACAGAGAAUAGCAUCACAGACCAACUUCCUGCCAGUAAUGAGAACUCAACCAGCGAGAAGAAUUUUCUGAAAAAAGUUGUUUGGCCUGGUAAAUCAGGAAGAAUCCCAAAAGGUUGGGAUAUUCCAGUAAAUGAGAAGAAGUUGAGGGUUGGAGUCCCGGUAAAAGCCGGAUUUAGCCAAUUCAUAAAUGUGGAAACAGAUCCUCAGACAAAUGCUCCCAAUGUUACUGGUUAUUGCAAAGAAGUGUUCGAAGCUGUCAUGAAAUCAUUGCCGUAUGCUGUUACCUAUGAGUAUGAACCCUUCGAGACUAGUGAAGGCAGUGGAGAAAGUGCGGGAACUUAUGAUGAUCUUGUUGGAAAUGUCUCGACUGAGACCAACACAGGGCGUUAUGAUGCUGUCAUUGGUGACAUAACCAUAAGGUCGAACCAUGCCGAAUUUGUGGAUUUCAUGCUUCCUUACACAGACCAUGGAGCUGUACAUUAG